GCAAGCCAGUUCAUUCAGUUUCAGUCGCGCUCAGUCAGAGGACCGUCUCGGCCGCGAGAUUUAUAAUUAAAAAGUCAAGAUGAGCGUACAGUCAGAUCACGAUAAGCGUAAGCAGAUCUCCGUGAGGGGGAUUGUGGAAGUGGAGAAUGUGACGGAGGUGAAAAAGGCUUUCAACCGCCAUGUCCACUACACCCUGGUGAAGGACCGCAAUGUGGCGACGCCGAGGGACUACUACUUCGCGCUGGCGCACACCGUGCGCGACCACCUCGUCUCCCGCUGGAUCCGCACGCAGCAGUAUUACUAUGAGAAGGACCCCAAGCGCGUAUACUACCUGUCGCUGGAGUACUACAUGGGCCGUUCCCUCCAAAACACCAUGAUCAACUUGGGCAUCCAAGGCACCGUGGACGAGGCCCUGUACCAGCUCGGCCUGGACAUCGAGGAGUUGGAGGAGCUGGAAGCAGAUGCUGGCCUCGGUAAUGGAGGCUUGGGCAGGCUGGCUGCCUGCUUCUUGGAUUCCAUGGCCACACUCGGCUUGGCUGCUUAUGGUUAUGGAAUAAGGUACGAGUACGGCAUCUUCGCUCAGAAGAUCGAGAACGGCGAGCAGCAGGAGGAGCCCGACGACUGGCUCCGUUAUGGCAACCCGUGGGAGAAGGCCCGCCCCGAGUUCAUGCUGCCCGUCAACUUCUACGGGAAGGUCGUCGACACCCCCCAGGGCAAGAAGUGGGUCGACACGCAGGUGGUGUUCGCGAUGCCGUACGACAACCCGAUCCCAGGCUACAAUAACAACGUAGUGAACACGCUCCGCCUCUGGUCUGCUAAGAGCCCCAUCGAAUUCAACCUCAAGUUCUUCAACUCCGGCGACUACAUCGAAGCCGUGCUCGACCGCAACGUGGCCGAGAACAUCUCCCGCGUGCUGUACCCCAACGACAACUUCUUCGAGGGCAAGGAGCUCCGCCUGCGCCAGGAGUACUUCAUGUGCGCCGCCACCCUACAGGACAUCAUCCGCCGCUUCAAGUCCUCCAAGUUCGGCUCAAGAGAGGUCGUCAGGACCACCUUCGGCAACCUCCCCGAAAAAGUAGCCAUCCAGCUCAACGACACCCACCCGGCUCUGGCCAUCCCGGAACUUCUCAGAAUCCUCAUCGACCAGGAGAAUCUCCCUUACGACGAUGCGUGGAAGCUAGUCACUAAAUGCUGCGCGUACACCAACCACACCGUCCUGCCUGAAGCGUUGGAACGAUGGCCCGUCUCCAUGCUGGAAAACGUCCUCCCCAGACACAUGCAGUUGAUCUAUCAUAUCAACUUCCUCCACCUACAGGAGGUCGAGAAGCGCUGGCCGGGCGAUGCAGACCGUCUCCGCCGCAUGUCUCUGAUCGAGGAAGAGGGAGAGAAGCGAGUGAACAUGGCGAACCUCUGCGUCGUCGGCUCCCACGCCAUCAACGGCGUCGCCGCUCUCCACUCCGAGAUCAUCAAACAGACCAUCUUCAGGGACUUCUACGAAAUGUGGCCUGAGAGGUUCCAGAACAAGACCAACGGCAUUACCCCCCGGCGUUGGCUGUUGCUCUGCAACCCUGGAUUAUCCGACCUUAUUUGUGACAAGAUCGGUGAAGAAUGGACGGUGCACCUUGAAAAGCUGCAGGGCUUGAAGCGCUGGGCUAAGGACCCCGCUUUCCAGCUCGCCGUGAUGAAAGUCAAGCAGGAGAACAAGUUGAGGCUGGCGUCUUUGAUCGAGCGUGACACAGGGGUUAAGAUCAACCCGGCAUCCAUAUUCGACGUGCAGGUGAAGCGUAUCCACGAGUACAAGCGGCAGCUGCUGAACAUCCUGCACGUGAUGACGCUGUACAACAGGAUCAAGCGCGACCCGUCGGCGGCGAUGACGCCCCGCACGGUCAUGAUCGGAGGCAAGGCCGCGCCCGGCUACUACAUCGCCAAGCAGAUCAUCGCGCUCGCGUGCGCUGUGGGCAGCACGGUGAACAACGACCCUGACGUGGGUGACAAGCUGAAGCUGAUCUACCUGGAGAACUACCGCGUGACGCUCGCCGAGAGGAUCAUGCCUGCUGCCGACCUUAGCGAGCAGAUCUCCACUGCCGGUACCGAGGCUUCUGGCACUGGAAACAUGAAGUUCAUGCUGAACGGAGCGCUCACCAUCGGCACCAUGGACGGCGCCAACAUCGAGAUGGCCGAGGAGGCUGGCGAGCACAACUUUUUCAUCUUCGGCAUGAGGGUUGAUGAUGUCGAGGCUUUACAGAAGAAAGGCUACAACGCGUACGAGUACUACGAGCGCAACGCCGAGCUCCGGCAGUGCGUGGAACAGAUCCGCAGCGGGUUCUUCUCGCCGGGCGAGCCGGGCCGCUUCGCUCACGUCGCCGACGUACUCCUCCACAACGACCGCUUCUUCCAUCUGGCCGACUAUGACGCUUACCUCGAGGCGCAGCAGCGCGUCUCUGAUGCUUACCAGAUGCCGGCGAAGUGGGCGGAGAUGGUGAUCGAGAACAUCGCGUCGUCGGGCAAGUUCUCGUCGGACCGCACCAUCGCGGAGUACGCGCGCGAGAUCUGGGGCGUGGAGCCCACGUGGGAGAAGCUGCCGUCGCCGCAUGACACCGUCUAAACUAAACAUCAUUCCUCUCCUCUCCUCUCCUCUCCUCUUACCUCACUAUACUGUAUGAGCAUUCGAUCAAAUCGCCUACCGUUGUCCCGUACAAACGCGAAUCUUCUGAAGAUUUAAAGAUUUCUUUUUUUGUGACAAAUGGUCAGAUAUUCAAAGAAGAAUAAUCAUCGCCAUUGAACGCCUAAAAAAAGUUCCAAUACACGAAUUAGAAUGCGUUUGUACGGGACAGCCCGUGGAAUGCCUCCGAUGUUGAUGUAGCGUCCAGUCAGCAGCAGAAGUAUAACCUCCUAAGGCCCAAGGUCCUAUCUAUAGUACCACUUCAAUGAAAUUUAAACCCUAUUCAAUUGGAAGAGCAAGUCGCUUUUGCUUUGUUCAAUUUUCCAACAACGCAAAAUCAACUUUAUUUUCUACACUUAAUAGGUUCAAAUUUCAGUGGCAAAUUUUGGAUUUUUCAUUUGUAUGGCUGCGCCGUAGGAGCAUAGAUUGGCAAGUCGGUUGUCGACCAUAGGCAGAAAGAGUCAUACUGUCUUUUAUUUUACUGUUACUGACAAAACUGGUUUGCCGGAUUAAUGUUACGCGUGUGGGGUGCUCCUAAUGACUGAAACACGCUCUUAUUAUCUUAACAAUAUAGUGUUCAGUUCGUUUUGAAUAAAUAUUAAGCUCGCUUACAAACUUCUGCUGCUGAUUGUCCAGAUCUGGCAAAUGCGCGCCAUUUGCGUCCGUGUGUUCGCGAGCCUUUUGCGAAUAAAUGCAUUCGUUAGAUCUGGACGCACUUUCCGACAUGGGAAUGAAGUGACGCUCGAAAUGAAAGAGGGCUACCGCGUUUAAUUUCGCCGCUAGGGGCGCUAGUGUAGAUGGAGGUGUUUCAAAAUGUCAAAUGCAUAGAAAUUUUGGGGAUUUUUAGCUUUUUUAUCGGGAACUUUCACUCCUUAUUCAUAAUUGUGGUAAAUCUUUGUCCAUCUUUGAUUAAUCAUGGUAAACAAUAGAUAUAGCUCAAUAAAUGUUAGUGGUUUAAAAAAAGUGUCAACUAAAAUAUAUGCAAAAUUACAGGUUGAAAAAAUGCCACAUCUAGACGUUAAAAUACCUUUGUGUAUUGUAAAAGAACGUACUGAUUUUAUAAAAAUAUGCAUAGAAGAAUUUUGAGAUCUGUUUUUGACCUACAUCUACAGUGGCGCCAACUGGUGAGCACAAAAACGGUAGCCCUCAUUGGGAUGCUUCUCUUGGUGCGUUUUAUGAUCCCUUUAACUACAGAUAACACACGAGUGAGGAUCAUAUACUUACAUCAUAAAGAUAUAUAGGCUCUAUAAGUCCUUAGUGAAAUGCUUGUUUAAAUGUAUUAAAAUAAAAUUAAAGGGUAAGCCACUUUACAACAUCAACUAAACAUGUUGAACAUUGUCUAAAAGUAAUUGUUAGAAAAUUCUUGAAAUAAAUUUAUCGUGUUUGUAAUGUUGGCUAUAUUUCUAUCCUUCUAUUCUUAACUGUAUCUGUGUUUAAGUGUAGGCAAACUUUUUAGAGCAGCUUUUCGGGACCUUACAACCCUUUGACUCUUAUUACUAAAAAUUUAAAAGUAAGAGCACUUUGUAACAUCUUUUUUCUUUUGAUAUGAUUAUUUAAGUUUUAAGUCAUAAGUAAAAUGAAAACCAAACAAAGUGGCUAAAACCUCAAGUUGCCAUCCCAGCGGGCCUGAGAUGGUCGCGCGUUUGUCGUCUUCCGUUUUGAAUCCGUUUUUAUUAUCUGUUACAACAAUGACCGCCAAUUUAGAGACUAUUUGCUUGCACUCGAUCAGAUCGCGAUCUUGGUGGCUAUGUUUGGUUCUUUUGUAUUUAGUAAGUUGAUUGUAAGAAAAUCUAUUGAGAUUAUAGUAUGGAACGUUAUAGAAGUUAUAAACACCAGUUUUAGACUAGACAAAGCGCAUAAUAGAAUAGUUAGUGUUUAUAUUCACUUAAAUUGUGUUUGAAUGUUAUUUUUGUACUAUUAUGUCUGCGUAAAUCUUUUUGAGAAUUUAUUUUUGUGCCAUAAUUAAAAGAUAAAAUUACGAUGUUAUUAAUAUUGUCCAGGUAGAACCUCGUUGUUUGCGAUGAUUUUAAUCGAUAUUUUAUUUGAUGCAGUGUGAAAAAACGAACUAUAAUACAUAUAAUGUAUUUUAAGCAUAUUUUUUUAAUAUAAAAACGCAGGUAAAAAAUUAACCAAUAACGAGAAUUUAAAUAAGCUUCUAAAUCAAAACUUUUUGAAAUAGUCUAUUUUGUGUAUGAAGUCAAUAGUACAUUUUAAGGCUAUUUAUCAGAUUAUAAAAAAUAUAGUAUAUUACAACAAAAUACUGCCAUAUGUAUUGUUAGUGUGCUGUUAUGUCACUGCAAUUUUAUUUUCAAUAAACUAUUAACAUUA